GAACGCAACAGGUUAAGAAGAACGGCCGGUUCAGAACACAAAAUUGAAAUUUUAAAGACGGUACGUUCCGGUUUGGUAUAUAACUGGAAUUAAUAGGUUUACCCUGGAUCUAAUUCGGCCCGGCCCAAUUGAUAACAUUCGAUAAACCCAACCCUAAGAAGACUAGUUCAUCGCCUUUUGUAUUUUGUUGUUCUUCGUCAUCGACCUACGCUGCGAUUAUCUCUCCCUCUCAAAAUUCCUUAUCUCGUCGAUUAAUUUCUCUCAGGUAAGCUUCUGAGAUUUUUCCUCGUAGAUCGAUUUUGAUUUCGCAUCAAUCGGGUUCUUUCGUUGGUAAUCGUUAAUUUUGUCCAUUUUUUAAAAGGUUUGUGUCAAUCUCAAAUUUCAGAGAAUGAUAAACCUAAUUUGUUUCCGUUAGAUUGUUGAAAUUUGACCUAAUUUAAUCGGGAUUUCACCGUAAAGUUUUUUAAUUGCGUUGAUUUGAUCUCUGCGAUGUAGAAAUCCUAAUUGGAUAUUUUGCAGUCACUCAGAUCCAGCCCUGAUUAUGUGGCUUUAUCAUUGCCCUUUUGAUGAACGACAGAAAACAAGAAUAAUUUGAAUAUCAUGUUGACUGAAACUCCAUUUAGGCCACGAGAGAAGCUUCUGGAGAAACAGAGAUUGUUCCAGAGCAUCCAAAGGCACACUUACUUGAAAGGACCAAUGGACAAGAUCACUUCUGUUGCUAUUCCUAUUGCCUUGGCUGCAAGUUCUCUCUACAUGAUUGGAACAGGAAUCUACAACAUGUCGAAUGGAAUCGGCAAAAAGGAAUAAGCAGCUUCUUGAUUUUUCCUUCUUUUUUAUAUGCUUUUGGUUUCUCAAUGUAUCAGUCACUGCCCAUAUGCAGUAGCAGACUAAGGUUGCACUGGUCUUUUUCUUGAAGCUGUUUAUUCCGUCUUGCCAAAUAAUUGCUUAGUUGCAGACAAUGUCGAAAGCUAAAGAUGUUUGAUGUUAUAAAGUUCCAAUAUUUUGGGGAUUUUCUAUUUGCAUUUAUGCCAAGUUGAAUCCUAUAGGUUUUGUUACUUCCACGUUCUACUAAACUUUGUAGUUUGUAAGCAUCCGUCUUCUAUUCAAAAUGGAAAUACAAAAUCACUACAGGAUUCCUG